CUAUUACUAGUCUACUACUACUACUACAUGAGGUCGUAGAUGCUGAAUGCUGAAUGAUCUAGUCAAGUAUAUUGGUUAAUAAUAUACUUAGUGCUAUACCAUACGCUCCACAAGUAUUCUGACCUUCGUUUUUUUUUUCACUUAGGUUACUUAAGAAACAAGCAAGCGCAAGAAAUGGACGAGAGUACGGAUAACAAGAUUUUGCUGAGUAAGAUUGUGGCCUCUGACUUACCUCGAGGUACUGCGUUGCUUGGAGACCUCACAGGUAUCCUAAACAGUGUAUUGGCUGGUGCCACUGCUUUCAGAGACAAAGUUAAGAAUGGUGAAAUGGAUACUUCAAAGGGUAUAAGCCUUUUAGAAUUGAAGAACCAAACUUUCCUGUCAUACCUCACAAAUUUGAGUUUUGUGAUUCUGCGAAAACUGAGUGGUGCAAAGUUGGAAGACGAUAAAAGCAUAGAACAUCUUGUGGAAUUACGUGCUGUUAUGGAGAGGUUACGUCCUUUAGAAGAUAAGCUAAAGUAUCGGAUAGAUAAAUAUGUGAAGGUUGCCAAUGAAGGAUCCUUAAGUGUCAGUGAUCCACUAAGAACACAAGGAAACUUGGACAACAUAGGUUCUUCAUCAGAUGAUGAUGAGGAAGAUAAGGUAAAAGAAAAUGCAAAAACAGUACAAGAUCCACAGAAGGGUGAAAGGGUUAAGAAGAAAGAACUCUCAAAAACUUAUAAAGUUCCAAAAGUUGCUCCAGUUCAUUAUGAUGAAGAUAGUAAGAAAGAAGCAUUAGAGAAAGCACGUCGCCGUGCUCUCAACUCUGCUGUCUUACGAGAUGCGCUCUUUGAACAUGUAGAUGAGCCAGAAGUAGUAUACAAUGCUGAUACUCUGAAACACAAAUCUGUAAAAAAACGAAAGGAACUAGAAAGGUAUGAGGAAGAUAAUUUUGUACGGAAGACACUGAGCAAAAAAGAGGAGGCAGAAUUGAACCAGUUUACUACCAUUGGAACCAUGAGGAAUGAGCUUUUGGGACUUGGCAAUGUGGAUGCUCUACAAGACGACUAUGUACCAGGUGGACCUCCUGCCAAGAAACGAAAAACUGGAAAAGCACUUAAAGGAAAGAAAGGGAAGGGGAAAAAGGGUAAGAAAGGAUUCAAGAAGAGAAAUCGAUAGCUUCCAAGAUUCUUAUGACCCAGCUUAAUGGUAUGGUUGGCAGAUGUUGAAUGUUUAUUGUAUAAUGAAAAUUAUUUUAUGAAAAUAAAUUGUAAAAAUAAA